UCUUGUGACUGUCAACUUCCGUCUUUUGUAGGCAGACGAAUGAUAUCAUGAUUUAAAAGACAUUUUCAAUAAAUGCACGCGGUCUGCAUCUUAGCCAAACAUGUUUUUUAGUGCUGACGAUGAAGAUCAAGACUUUCUCUCCCCAGGAGGAUCAAAAUUAGGUUCUUUAUUUGGAGGAGGAAGUAAAGGUGGAAAUGAAUCCUUAACGUACACUGCACCUAAGCAGCCAAAGAAAGCAGAACCAGCAUCAGCUGCUUCACAGUCCAGUUCAGCACCUCAACUAUUGUUUGCCACUGCAGUUCAAGCAUACAAAUAUGUUGAUGGAAAGUAUGCCAAUCAAGGUAAACUGGGUGCUGCAGUUCUAGGAUCCCAUGCUAACCAAUCUUACAGGGUCCUUCUCUAUGUAACAAAAAACCAGCAAGUAUCAAAUGCCACAAUUUCACCAGCAUUUGUAUACACAGUACAGGCAAAUAACUAUGGGAGUUUUUAUGACGACCAGAGGCAGACCUGGUCAGUAAUGUUUGACUCUGAGGCUAAUGCAGUGCAAUUUGCCAAGCAAGUUGCUUUGUCAAAAGCCAACAGUGCAGGAGGAGAGCUAUCUAGUCUGGUCUCCCAGGACCUGCAGUUGGGGGAUGGGGCGGCCGUGGAUACCGGUGACAUGGUGGAGGUCAAAUACACGGGGUGGCUCCUGACCAACAACACACAGGGACAGGAAUUUGACAGCAAUGUAAAAGCAGACAAACUCUUUAGAUUCAAAAUCGGAGGUGGUAAAGUAAUCAAGGCUUGGGACCAGGGUGUGAUUGGAAUGAAGAAAGGUUCUAAAAGACUUCUUGUGGUUCCACCUAGUCUCGGCUAUGGAAGUCAAGGAGCUGGCAGUAAAAUUCCACCCAAUUCUACUCUUAUAUUUGAAAUAGAGAUUGUACGGGUUAAAUUUGCCAAAACAGCUGAUCCCACGGGUCAAUCUCCUGCCCCUGCUGUGGACACCCCCCAGCCUUCUAGUACCCCAUCCCCUGCAGAGGAGAUGGAGGAUGAUCACACAAUCAAAGGGAGAACCAAGUCCCUAACAGAGCACAUGGUGCAGGGGGGAUCUUCAAACAAAGCCAAACUGAUCUCCAGAAUGGCCAAGAUGGGACAGCCGAUGUUACCCCUGGUGGGGGCGGUCCCAGCCCAGCAAGACAGUGAUGAGGAGCAGGUGAUGGAAUCACCGCAGCCUGUGAUGGAUGCCCCAUCUCAGCCUCAACAGUCAAACAUGAACCCCCCAGUAGCUAAACCUGUAGCACACCACCCUCAACAACCAGCAAUGCAGCCAACAGUUCAGCCCUCACAUCAGCCAGUACAAAUGAUUCCACAGCAGCCAGCUUUUCUACAAAAAAUUCCUGCUGCCCAGCAGUUGUCUGUUUAUCAGCCCCAAAUGGUACAGCCAGGGAUGAUGCCACAAGGACUCCAGAAUGGAUUCCAGCCAACAAGUACAUACCAAGCUCAGCCGCAACAGAUGGCCGGAGGAAUGCAGCAACCCAUGUACACAGGUGCUGGACAACCACAUGAACAAAGUAUGGGACUGGGUACGGGGAUGCCUAUGAUGAGCCAGGCGGGAGAACCAGGUCUACCGCUACUUCUCACAGAGACCAGGCAACAGAACACAGAACUACGACUGUCUGUCGGCAAAAUGCAAGACAAGAUAGAACAGCUCCUGGAGAAGGUUGAUGUACUCCAAAAGAAAGGUGCCAUGGCUCUGGAAUCCUCCUUACCAAGCAUGGAGUCCUCUGUUUUGAUGCACAACAUCGAAAGAAUUGUGCAGGAAAAUGAAAGGCUAAAGAAAGAGGGCUAUGAAAAAAGUGCUAGAAUAGAAAAACAGAAUGACAAGAUUUCAGAACUUUUGCAGAGUAAUCAAAUGUAUGUGGAGAAAAGCCAGAGUCUCCUGGAGCAGAGAAACGAGGGCUUCAUUACAACUGCCUCUCAGUCCCAGGCCAAAGUCCUGGCUCUGGAACAGGAAAAGGUCAAUCUUGCAACCAAGUUGAGUACAGUGACUGCCCAGCUAGGGGAGGCACAGCUACAGUUAACGGAGCUGAGAGAGAAAGAGUUGACAGCCCGACAAAAGGUGGAUAACUCCGACCAAGAGUCACGCAAAACGCAGCAAGAAAUUCAGGCCUUGAAAUCUCAACAUCAAGAGGAUGAAGAAAAAAUGGCAGAGUUGAGUAGAGAAUUAAAGCAGGAAAAACAAAAGAGAAAAGAACUUGAUAAUAAAUUUUCUCAAAUUCAGGAGGAAAUUGCAGAUAUGAAAUCAACAAAUGAGACCCUGCAAAAGAAUCUGAGUGACAGAAAAAGAAAGGCAGCAGAGGAAAAAAGGAGAAUAGAGGAUGAAUUUGAGGAAUCAAAACUGAGCCUUGAGCAAGAGAUUCAAUCACUACGUGAAAAAUUGAGAAAACAGAAAUCUUCUACAGGUGUGGUAGCUGCAGAGCAGAUAUCACAAGUAGAGGAAGAAUUAAACAGAGAAUGGAAGGAGAAAUGUGACCGUCUUCUCAAUGCUGCCAAUGAAAAGCACAAUAGAGCUCUGUUGGCGAUGAGAGAAGAGAAAGAGGAAUUCGAGGAAAAAUUAUCAGUAUUACAAAAUAAGAUUCAGACAAUGAAAAAUGAAAAUGUAAGUGGAGAUGAAAAACAGAAAGAACUAGAAGAGCAGUUAGAAGAAAUGUCUGUAUGGAAAGACAAGUAUGAGAAACUACGAUCACAAGCUGCUGGUAUGAAGGAGAAAUAUGAAGAGCGCAUUGGAGAGCUAGAGAAUGAGAAAGAGGAGUUGGAGUCGGAGAAAGAGGCUGUCCAGGAGAAGAUCCAAUCACUCCAGAAAGAGCUAGCCAACAAAGGGGUCUCCACCCAGGGCAGUGCUGCUCCUAGUACUGAUAUAGCAUUAGAGGUCAAGAAGAUCAUGAAUUCUGUGUACCAGCAGCUGCGUUCUAAUUUUGAGGCUGGCACUUCUUAUCAAGGAGCCGAUGUCCUAGCAGCUAUUUUAGGGGUUAUCAAGGAAACAACUCUUAAGUUGGUCCAGCAAAGUUCUUCACCAAAAGAAACUGGAGAUGAUGACGAGGAAGAUGAUGAAGAGGAAGAUGAAGAGGAGGAAGAUGAGGAAGAAGAAGGAGAUGAAGAGGAAGAUGAUGAAGAGGAGGAGGAGGAACAAGAGGAAAAAAGUGAUGCCAAGGAGCAAGUCAGUAAGGAAGAGCACCAAGAGAAAUUAGACACGCAAGAAGAGGUACCUAUAAAUGAAGAGGAAAAUGAAGUAAAUGAUUCCUCUUUAGAAAAUAACAUUGAUAAACCAGCUAAUGAAAAGGGGGAAAUUAAUUCUGAAAAGGAAUCUUCUGAAAACCAGGAGAGGCCACCUACUGUAGAUGACAUCCCCCCACAGGCCAGUCCUCCUCCCCAGGAAGAAUCAAGAGAGGAGGGACCCAAAGUUAUUGAGCUAGAUAAAGACAGGGGAGACGAAGUGGCCUCGGAUGGGGGGAAGGAAGAGGCCCCAGAUGGGGGGAAGAAAGAGACCCCCAAGGAGGAUGGAACGAAAAACAAGUUUGACGACUUUGAAGUUCCUGCAAUUGUUUCAAGAGAACCCCCACCAAUGACAGAUGAGGAGGAUUCUACAGAGAGUGAAAAGACAGAACAAAAUAAUGAUCCUUUGUUUGGGGAGGAUGACAAUGUAGCGGAUACGUUUGGUGAUACUUUCCAAACGACGCAGCCAAAAGACCAGAAGGAGGAUAAAAAGAAGAAACCAGAAGUCAAAGACUUAAUGGAGGAUGACACCAAGCAGGCCCCUCCCCCUCUGUUUCCAGAUGAUGAUGAUGAAGACGAUUUAGACUGGCUCAGCUAGCACAGCUGGGCUGUAGGAGGAUAAAGGACUCUGUGAUAUUUUCAUUUCAUCCCAUCUGUUGAUCAGAUACUCCAAGCAUAUUGUGGACCAUUCGAAUUCCCCACUUGCUUUAUGACUGUUGGUUGAAUCAAAAUAAUGGUGCAAUUCUUUAUGUAACUGUUGAUAUGUUUUAAUUUCAAUUACAAGCAUACAAAUCACAGUUAGACUUCAGAUUUAUAAACACACAGAUCUGUGUUUAUUUUUAAUAUGUAAGGUUGAACAAGAUUAAUUACAUUGAUGUAUGAUUCCAAUAAAAAUAUUCAGUAACCAAA